UGCAUGAGAGGUUCUAAUCUCAAUCUCUCCGCUGCUUAAUUAGUCUCCUCAAAUAAAUUUAUCAAAUUUUGUUGUUUCUAUCUUAAUAAUCAUGGAUAGAACAAACAACUCUAAUCAUGAUGUCCCUUUUUCUUAUGUUUCCCUACCCAUUGGACCCCACGAGGAUGAAGCUCCGGUGGAGAGUCGCGGAAAAUGGAAGGCGAGGCCUGUGGUAUUUUGUGGAUUGUUAGUGCUAGUUUCCUUGGUUGCAUUCAAUGGCUACAAGGGAUCAAAUGGAAAUAUAACAACAUUAACUUCAAACGAAGAUUUGAAACAAAAAACAAUUCCUUCGCACAAAUGGAAGCCGGUUUCACGUGGUGUUUCUGCAGGGGUGUCGGAGAAAUCGAAUAGGUUGUUCACCAAGAGCAACAACAUUGGGGGGAUGUUGUUUCCUUGGAACAAUACUAUGUUAGCAUGGCAGAGAACAGCUUUUCAUUUCCAACCGGAGGAGAAUUGGAUGAAUGAUCCUAAUGGUCCAUUGUACUACAAGGGUUGGUAUCACUUCUUCUACCAAUACAAUCCAAAUGGUGCAUUUUGGGGAGACAUAGUAUGGGGACAUGCCGUCUCAAGGGACUUAAUUCAUUGGAUUCAUCUUCCACUAGCAAUGGUAGCAGAUGAAUGGUAUGAUCAAAAUGGUGUAUGGACAGGUUCCGCCACAAUAUUACCCAACGGUGAUAUCAUCAUGCUAUACACCGGUGCCACAGACGCAUUGGUACAAGUACAAAAUCUUGCCUACCCGGCCGACCUUUCUGAUCCACUCCUAAUCGAUUGGAUCAAAUACCCGAAAAAUCCAGUUCUAGUCCCACCCCCUGAAAUUGAGGUAUACGAUUUUCGUGAUCCUACCACAGCCUGGCUUACCUCUCAAGGUAAAUGGCGCAUAUCGAUUGGUUCUAAAAUGAACAAAACCGGCAUUGCUUUAGUUUAUGAUACGAAAGAUUUCAAGACUUUUGAGCGUAUCGAAGGUAUACUUCACGCUGUGCCAAAAACCGGCAUGUGGGAGUGUGUUGAUUUUUUCCCCGUGUCCACUAAGUUGGAUAUUGGGUUGGAUACUUCUGCUAGAGGUGAUGAUGUGAAAUAUGUGAUGAAAGUUAGCUUGGAUGAUGAUAGACAUGAUUACUAUGCUCUUGGAACUUAUGACGAAAAUGGUGUUGAUUUCGUACCUGAUGAUACCAAUAAGGAUGUUGGUACUGGAUUGAGAUAUGAUUAUGGUGUAUUUUAUGCUUCCAAGACAUUUUAUGAUCAAAGUAAAGAGAGAAGAGUGUUGUGGAGCUGGAUUGGAGAAUCUGAUAGUGAAGACGCCGAUGUCGCCAAAGGUUGGGCAUCACUCAUGGGUAUUCCAAGGACUAUAGUGUUUGAUAAAAAAACUGGUAGCAACUUACUUCAAUGGCCUGUUGAGGAGGUGGAGAGAUUGAGAAUGAAAAGAUGUAAGUUCCAUAAUGAGAAGGUGAUGCCAGGGUCUGUGGUGUUACUAAAUAUUGGAUCAGCAUCACAGUUAGACAUUGAAGCUGAGUUUAACAUUGAUAAAAAAGAUAUAGAGAAGAUAAAGCAAACCAAUGAGGAGUACAAUUGUGAAACCAGUGGAGGAGCAGCUAAUCGUGGUGCCUUAGGACCUUUUGGUCUAUUGGUUCUAGCAGAUGAAGGUCUUUCUGAAUAUACUCCUAUUUACUUUUAUGUUGUUAAAGGAAGCAAUGGGAAUCUCAAGACUUCAUUUUGCUCUGAUCAAUCAAGGUCUUCUUUGGCAACUGAUGUUGAUAAGAGCAUCUUUGGAAGCACUGUUCCAGUACUUGAAGGAGAGAAGCUAUCUCUAAGAAUAUUGGUGGACCAUUCUAUAGUUGAAAGUUUUGCUCAAGGUGGAAGAACAUGUGUGACUUCUAGGGUUUAUCCAACAACAGCAAUCUAUGAAAAUGCUCAAUUGUUCUUGUUUAAUAAUGCUACUGAGGCCACUGUUACUGCUUCACUCAAUGUUUGGCAUAUGAAUUCUGCAUUCAUAAACGAUAAACAAGUUAAAUUGAAGAGUUAAGAUAUACCCAUAAGUUACAAUUAUUUAGGGGAAUGGCUUUCUCAUUAAUCCAAAUUAAGUUUUGGAUUAUUGCUGAGCAAAGAGCUCACUGGUCCCUCAUUUUUGUCCAAAUCAUUUUUAUGCUUAUUUGUAACAAAAAUGUUAUUCAAACACAAAUAUCAAACAAAUAUAUAACAUUUAUAU